AUGGGGGAAUGGACCAUACUCGAGAGGCUCUUGGAGGCUGCUGUUCAGCAGCACUCUACUAUGAUAGGAAGGAUCUUACUAACAGUGGUGGUGAUUUUCCGGAUUCUAAUCGUAGCCAUAGUGGGAGAGACAGUUUACGACGACGAGCAGACUAUGUUCGUAUGUAACGCUUUACAGCCCGGUUGUAACCAAGCAUGUUACGACAAGGCCUUCCCGAUCUCGCACAUUCGAUACUGGGUGUUUCAGAUUAUUAUGGUGUGCACCCCGAGUCUCUGCUUCAUCACCUACUCGGUGCACCAGUCUGCCAAACAGAAGGACCGCCGCUUCUCCACGGUGUACCUUACUGUGGAAAAAGAGGAUCCACUAAAGAGGGACGACAGUAAGAAGAUCAAGAACACGAUGGGAAACGGGGUCUUGCAGAACGCCGAGAACUCCACCAAAGAAGGCGAGCCCGACUGUCUGGAGGUCAAAGAGAUGCCAAACGCCAGCCUACGGACUGCAAAGUCCAAAAUGAGGCGCCAGGAGGGCAUCUCCAGGUUUUACAUAAUCCAGGUGGUUUUCAGAAACGCGCUGGAAAUCGGCUUUUUAGUGGGUCAGUACUUUCUGUAUGGAUUCAACGUGCCUGCCGUGUACGAAUGUGACCGCUACCCGUGCAUCAAGGAGGUCGAGUGCUACGUAUCCCGGCCCACAGAGAAGACCGUCUUCCUUGUAUUCAUGUUCGCCGUCAGCGGCUUCUGUGUGGUCCUCAAUCUGGCAGAGCUCAAUCAUUUGGGCUGGAGGAAAAUCACAAAGGCCGUGAGAGGAGUGCAGGCCCGAAGAAAGUCCAUCUACGAAAUCAGAAACAAGGACUUGCCCCGACUUAGCGUGCCUAACUUCGGGCGCACCCAGUCCAGUGACUCUGCCUACGUCUAACAAUUUCUAUAGGCUAUAUCGUAAUAUUUAACAGCAUCAUGGACGGCUCUGCUCGCCGCUAUAACGUGGCAUCAUUAAACAAGUGGGUACAUUUUAUUUAAUUUUUUCGGUGUGAAGGAUGCUGACAUGAUUGCGAUGAUGCGACUUUAGAGCGCAGUUUGGAGCGCACACGGUGAACAGCGCGCAUUUACUCACAGGCCGCUCACUUCUACUUGAACUGAGUAAAUGCGUUUUGCACUAAAUACAGUAAACACCCAGGGCAUUGUGCACCCGUGCCGUGCUCCUAACGGUGUUUUAAUCUAUUUCCACCGGCUUUUUCCACAUCAUCAUCAUAUAGCACAGAUGAUUACUGAAGGAGUCUUUA